AUGGACACAUUAAAGGACGUGUCUGGCAUGACGCGUGGUGGAGUUUGUAUGGCUCAAGUGACCUUGCUUGUCCAAAUUAAUGCCAACACCAUACAUUUUCAUGAUAAUGACGUCUAUUACAUCCUGACCAAUGAAACCAAGUCCGCGGUGCCAUAG